AUGGCGGACCUCGAGGCUGUGCUGGCCGACGUCAGCUACUUGAUGGCAAUGGAGAAGUCCAAAUGCACUCCAGCAGCCCGAGCCAGCAAAAAGAUCGUUUUACCUGAUCCAAGCGUUCGGAGUGUGAUGCACAAGUAUAUGGAGAAGAAGAAUGAAGUGAAUUUCGACAAAAUAUUUAAUCAAGUUUUAGGUUAUUUACUAUUUAAGGAAUUCUGUGAACAAACAUCAGAAGAACCAGUGCCACAAUUAAAAUUUUAUGAAGAGAUAAAAUUAUUUGAAAAACAAGAGUGCGUGGAAGAAAGGCGAAGAAUAGCGAGAGAUAUCUAUGAUAAUUUUAUAAUGAAGGAACUGCUAGCACAUUCACAUGAUUAUUCUAAAGAAUGUGUAGCGCAUGUACAAAAAUAUUUAAUGAAACACGAAGUACCACCGAAUCUAUUUGAGCCAUAUAUUGAAGAAAUAUUUCAACAUUUACGAGGGGAACCGUUUAAAAAUUUUUUAGAAAGUGAUAAAUAUACGAGAUUUUGUCAAUGGAAGAACUUAGAGCUCAACAUUCAGCUAACAAUGAACGAUUUUAGCGUACAUCGUAUUAUUGGUCGAGGUGGCUUUGGUGAAGUGUACGGCUGUCGAAAGGCAGACACGGGAAAAAUGUACGCGAUGAAAUGCCUGGAUAAGAAACGUAUCAAGAUGAAGCAAGGCGAGACGCUCGCUCUCAACGAACGAAUUAUGCUCUCUCUAGUCAGUACCGGGGUGGACUGUCCAUUCAUCGUUUGUAUGACGUACGCAUUCCAUACACCGGACAAGCUUUGCUUUAUUCUGGACCUUAUGAAUGGAGGGGAUUUACACUACCAUCUAUCCCAACAUGGUGUUUUCAAUGAAGCCGAAAUGAAGUUUUAUGCUGCUGAAGUCAUAUUAGGACUGGAGCAUAUGCACAAACGUCACAUAGUGUAUAGAGAUUUAAAGCCGGCAAACAUUCUCCUCGACGAACACGGUCAUGUACGAAUAUCUGACCUAGGACUGGCUUGUGAUUUCUCUAAGAAGAAACCGCAUGCAAGUGUAGGCACCCAUGGAUACAUGGCACCUGAAGUACUUUCUAAAGGCACAGGAUAUGAUUCUUCAGCCGACUGGUUCAGCUUUGGUUGUAUGUUAUACAAACUGCUAAAGGGGCAUUCGCCGUUCCGUCAACAUAAGACAAAGGAUAAGCACGAGAUAGAUAGAAUGACUCUCACAAUGAACGUAGAACUGCCCGAGUCGUUUAGUCCAAGUUUAAAGAGCUUACUGGAAGGCUUGUUGCUUAGAGAUAUUAACAAGCGAUUGGGAUGUAAAGGGCGAGGUGCUGAUGAGGUGAAAGAGCACGUGUUCUUCGCGGGCAUUGACUGGCAGCAAGUGUACCACCAGAAGUACACGCCGCCGCUCAUCCCGCCCCGCGGGGAGGUCAACGCCGCCGACGCCUUCGAUAUUGGCAGUUUUGACGAGGAAGACACUAAGGGGAUUAAGCUGACAGAAACAGACCAAGCUCAAUACAAAGAUUUUCCACUCGUAAUCUCCGAGCGUUGGCAAUCUGAAGUGGCGGAAACCGUGUUCGAGACAAUCAAUCAAGAGGCCGACAAACUCGAGCUCAAGAAGAAAGCUAAGCAGAAACAAAAGUUUGAUGCUGACGAAAAAGAAUCAGACUGUAUACUGCACGGCUACAUAAAGAAGCUGGGUGGGCCAUUCGCAAGUGCGUGGCAGACGCGCUACGCCAAGCUCUACCCCAACCGUCUCGAGCUCCACCUAGAGAACAGCGCCAAGCCGGAAAUGAUCCUCCUGGACACUGUGGAAGAGGUGUCCUCGGAUCUGGUGUCGGUUAAGGGUGAACAGUGCAUUGUACUGAGAACCAGGAAUGAUACUAAGAUCGUUCUAACUAAUACUGACGAAAUCGGCCUCAAAGAGUGGGCGUUAUCCCUCCGCUCGGCGCACAAGUGUUCGCAAGAGCUGCUCGCGUCCAUGGCGAAGAAGGCGGGCAAGAUAUACGGCACAGACGGUUCCAAGGAGGUACCGCUCGGCCGCCCGCCGCCCGCUGCCUCCCCCGCGCCGCGAGCACCAAACGGCACCAAC